UCAUCGCAUCAUUUGAAAGCGUUGAAUUGCAUUGAAUAUAAAAGAGACAUGAGAAACAUAUCUGACAAUUUCAGAAGUAGUCAAUUAAAUUUGUGUGUAGAGUAUUGAGAUACAUACCAGUUUUUGUAUCGUGUGCAUCCUAGUUUUCAUCCAAAUCUGUUCUUCCCAAUGUGCAUUUGCGGUGACAAUACAGAUGUGACAAGAAAAUCUAUGAAUCCAAACAAAAAUAUUAUUUUCUAGAAAAUUAACCUUUAUGUUUACAAUUCAAAGAUAGUUACUUUUUGUAAUCAGGUAUAAUUGCUGUCAUGGCUUUGAAAUUUGCCAGUAAUCUAUCUUUUAUGUUUACUGAGGCUCCUAUUAUUAUUGAUAGAUAUCAAUUGGCAAAGCAAGCUGGAUUUAAAGCAGUUGAAAGUGGAUUUCCAUUUGGCUUUUCUGUUCAACAAGUUGCUGCAGCCAAAAAGAAAGCUAAUGUUGACCAAGUACUUUUAAAUGUAUUCACAGGCGAUGUUACAAAAGGUGAAUUGGGCUUUGCCGCAAUUCCAGGCGAAGAAGAAAAUUUCAAAAAGAGUGUUGAGAAAACCUUAGAAUAUGCAAAAGCUUUGAAUUGUAAAAUGAUUCAUGUAAUGUCAGGAAAAGUUGACGCUCCUACUACUGCUAAUGACAUAGUUUAUGAAAAAAAUCUAUUGUAUGCCAUUGAAAAGUGUCAAAAAGAAGACAUUGUUGUCGUCAUUGAACCUAUUAAUAAUUAUAGUGUACCAAACUACUAUAUGAAUAAUUUUCAAAAAGGUUUAAAUUUAGUGAAAAAGAUAAACAAUGCAUACUUUAAGCUGAUGAUGGAUAUUUUUCAUUUGCAACAUUGUUGUGGUAAUAUUACAAACAACAUUCAAGAAUUUUUACCUUAUAUAGGUCACAUUCAAAUAGCUCAAGUUCCUGAUAGGCAUGAACCAGAUACUCCAGGAGAGAUUGAUUAUAAAUAUGUCUUGUCUUUAUUGCAAACAACUGGCUACACUGGUUACGUUGGUCUGGAAUAUCGACCAAAAUCAUUAACAGUGGAAGGAUUAAACUGGAUUAAAAAAUAUGGUUACACUUUAUAAAUAUAUAUGUAUGUUACAUAUAUAAAUGUAUAAAUUGUUCAAUUAUUUCUUAAACAAGAAAUAUAUUUUUAUAGUAUAUAUGUAUAUAUGUAAAAUAAAAAAAUAAACAUCUGCUAUGGUUUCGCAUAAACAUAAA